UCUAACAGUAUCCACGUCCUACGAUGACCCAUUGACUCGGAUACUAAGAGCAGGAGGUGACGUUCAAUGGAGAACUCUGGAUUGGUUCAUUCGGGAAUGUUAUAUCGUUUGAUUCAUUGCAGCCUGCUGCACAGCGUCAGUCUAGUGAUCGCAGCGGUCUCGUGCUCGAGCCAUUGUCAUUGCGUGGUGAGUACCACCGUGACGCAACACCAGCGCUCUUCCCCUGCACGAUUUGACCGUGGUAGUAGAGCCAGAUCCACGGUUCGUUUAUCUCAUUCUCCGAAGCGAGAACGCUCUAACCAGAGUGUCAUUAUCAGCCAAGCGGUUCUUUCAAACCCUGGACUCUCGAUUUACAGUUCCCGAUGGCAUUGGAUCAGACAGUCGAGGGUGUGAGUGAUUUUGCCUCAACUACCCCAAUACUGAGGCUGUUUCCGGUGACUAUCUGAAUGCAAAAGUACAGACAUGCUGUUCACCUGACUAGUGGCUAAUCGAUCGAUUUACGCACUCCAAGGACACUGCUCUUCCUGUAAGGGCCCUUGCCUCACUAGGCUCAAAGAAUGAUGGACGCUCAUAGAUGAAGUGGGCUGCAUAUCUGGUUUUAUUUUA